AUGAAAUAAACAAAAUGCUUGAUAAUUACUCUUGUAGUCUUCUACUUGCUUGGUUUACUUUUAUUUUUUAGAGGAUAUUUCAUAGAUCGUAGAUACUUACUGGAUACAACUGAAGGAACUAUGAAACCUACAUAACCUGUAAUACUUUUAGUUAUUGAUUCAUUCCGCAUUGAUUUAGCAGUGAGUGAACAUUUCACUUUUAUCAAAAAUAUGACCUAAAGCCACCCAGACUAAUCCUUAUUUUUUUUAUCUUUUGCAGAAGUCCCUACUGUAACAGGUCCAAGAUUACAAGCAAUGACAAGUGGUAAUUUCCCCCCCUUAUCCAAAUUGUUGGAUAACUUUCAUGCUUCAGAGAUUAAAGAAGACAAUAUAAUGUUUCAAAUGAAGAAAUUUAAUAAGAAGACUCUUUUUUCAGGAGAUGAUACCUGGAUAGGACUCUAUCCUGAUUAAUUUACACUGUAGUUUCCUCAAAAAUCAUUUAAUAUUGGAGAUAUGCAUUCUGUUGAUCAAUUCAAUUGCGAUAAAAUAUUGGAGAAUUUAGAUAAAGGGUAUGAUUUGAUUGUAUCUCAUUUUUUGGGUUUGGAUCAUGCUGGUCAUAAGAAUAAUCGAGUGUUAAAUAAUCCUAAUUUAGAUUAAAAAUUAAGUCAAUUAGAUUAAAUCAUUUACCUAAUUUACUAAAGAAUGUCAAAUGAUACUGUUCUAAUUGUUGCAGGUGAUCAUGGGAUGGCUAAUGAUGGCAAUCAUGGUGGAAAUAGCACAGAAGAAACUAACACAUUAUUUUUUGCAACUAGGAAAUAAGGAAAGUUUUAUCCUAGGUAUAUGGAAAACAUUCCUGAGCUAAAAGAUAACUAUCAAUCAACCUUAAUCAACUAAUCUGAAUAUAUUAGAAAGAUUAGUUAAAUUGAUAUUGUACCUACAUUAGCCACUCUUUUAGGAAUUCCAAUACCUUUUAGUAAUCUAGGAUAUCUGAUGAAUGAAUUUUUUAAUAGUGAAGAGCAUUGUCUUAAUAAUCUGAAAUAAGUAUGGCAUUUUGUUGAAACUGUGCACAGUCGACAAGGGAAGUUUAGUUAUUUUUAGAAAAAUUAAUGGUAAAAUCAGUAUUCAGAAGUUAAAACAUGCAGAGAUGCUUUAAUUCUUAUGAAUGACAUUUAAAUUGUGGCUAGAAAAAUAUGGAAUGAAUAUGAUAUUCCAUUACUCAAUUUAAGUUUUGUAUUACAAUUCUUAAUAAUUAUCUUUUUUAUUUUUGUUAUGAUCAUCGUAUUUUAAGCCUAAGAAGAUGAUGAUCCCUUAACAAUAUAAUAAAUUGCUGCAGCUGUUAAGCAUAUCUUUUCAAAUAAUAAGUAAGUAACAAUUAUGUUAGCCAUCUCAUCAGCCUUAUUAUAUUUAUUCUAUGAAAUAGAAAUUUUAAUAACAAUAAUACUAAUUUUGUUAAUGAUAUAUAUUAAUUUUGCUAUUUUCAUCAAAAUCAAAAAGAACCACAUUUAAAACCAAAACUAAUAUCAAUGGGAUUUAAUAGAAAAACCAAAUACAAUUAGGUUAAAUACUAAUCGAUUCUCUAAAUUAUUUUAACUGUUACUGUUGCUCUUUUUUAUUUACAAAGUAAUCCUUCAAGGUCAAUUAUUAUUGUCAAUUCAACAAAAAAAGUUUGAGGAAAGUUAUUUGUAUAAUGAAAUCAUCGAACUAUUAGUUUUAAGCUCAGUGAUUUGUAUAUUCAAUUUGUUUUCAAGAUUAGCUGAUACUUAAGAGGAUGCUACAAGUAUAACUAAAAUCAAAGACGGUGUUAUUUCAUGUGUAAGUGCUAUCAUUAUUUACUAUGCAUUAAAUUUUGAAUAAUUUUAUCUAGCAUAAUAAAACUAUGAAUUUUUACUUGAAUAAGAAUAUAUCCUAUACUUGCCUGCAUUAUUUCUACAUAGUUGUUUAUUUAUGUAUUAGAAAAAGAACAAUAUUUUAGAUAAAAUAAUAGGAUAAUUUGGAUUAAUUCUUAUUGACAUGUUUUACAUUUAUCCUGAUACAACUAUAUAAGAUCAACCAUAUUAAGAAUUUGUAAUCCUACACAUUCCAAAAAUCAUCUAUGCAAUUUCUAUAUACUAUUACUUCUCAAGGGAUCCAAUUUUUUUAUUAUUUUCAUGCAUUGUAGUAUCAGACAAAUAUGGGUUAGCCAUUUACUCAUAUGAAAUAUUAAUUUUUAUCUUUUUAUACUUUCAUUGGAGGAAUUUGUUGAAAUUUUCGAUGUUGUCAUUUUUUGCCAUGAUGACCUUAAUUUGCCAAAUAACUUGGUUUAUUUUUGGAAAUAGAUGCACGAUUUCAUCAAUCAAAGUGGACAGAGCCUUUGUGGGUGUCAAAGAAUUCCACUUAUGGUUAAACCCUCUAAUUUUGACUCUGUUUUUAUUGGGACCUUAUUUGGCUGGCUUAGUUUUUAUUAGGUAUAUGGGGCCAAAAUUAUGUAAACAUGGAGAGCUAAAUGAAAGAUAAGUGAAGAAUUCAAAUAAUCUGUUCAAAUUAAUGUUCUUGUUUAAUUUUUAUAUCCAAAUUUAAUUUACACAAAUUCACAGUUACGAAAAUGCUGGAGGAUUGAUUGAUUGUGACUUUCUUGAUUGUUAGUUUACUGAUGUUGUUGAUUUGAAUGGAAUAUUUUGUGUUUAUGAAAUUUAAAGAAUUUGCAUUAAAUAAUUAAAAAGAUUUAUUUAGAGUUUUGAAAUGGGAAAAUUUUUAAAGCCAGGAAGAUUGAUUGUUUUGUUAGCAGGCAGAUAUGCUGGAAAAAAAGCAAUUUUAAUUAAGGCUAAUGAAGAAACUACAAAAGACUGCAAAUUCCCAAAUGGUUUGGUUGUAGGAAUACAAAGAUAUCCUAGAAAAGUAACAAAGAGAAUGGGAUAAAAAUAAAUUAGAAAGCGAACCACAUUAAAAGUGUUCAUUAAACAAUUAAACUUAAAUCAUAUUAUGCCAACAAGAUAUAGAUUAGAAGAAUCAACAUUAAAGGAAGUCAGAGAUAGAAUUGAGAGAGUCAAAGAAUCUGAAUUGAAGAAUGUUGAAAAAAGAAAGGAAUUGAGAAAGAAUUUGAGAAAGUAUUUGGCUGAAAAGUACAGAACCUUACCAGCUGGAAGCUUAGCAGACAAAAAAGCUUAAUCAAGAUUCCUGUUUUCUAAGUUGAGAUUCUGAUAUAUUAAAAGUAUAGUAAAGAUUUA